UCGACGAGUCUCCGCGAUUCUUGCGAUCGCCAACACAUUUGCCUAUAUAGCCGAGAUAUACGUAGUGUGUCCCGUCGACUCUAGUGUGUGUUAGUGCGUGCGAACUCGGCUGUGUGUGUCCGUGUGUCUGUGCGUGAUUAUACGAGCAGUCCGAAGAGAGAGAGAGCAAGACAGAAGAUUGAAGAGACUCGACUGCUGCUGCUGUGUGCUACUAUACUGUUUGCUGCAAAAAACUGCUGUCAGAGAUACUACGCGUAAAAAGACCUUCGUCUAGAAGUUUACAUAUAACGUAUUCGUAGAUAGAGUUAAUUCAAUAACAUGUCGACACCCGCGAGAAGACGACUCAUGCGAGAUUUCAAGAGAUUACAAGAAGAUCCACCAACAGGAGUUUCAGGAGCACCAACCGAUAAUAAUAUUAUGAUUUGGAAUGCUGUUAUAUUUGGACCACAUGACACACCAUUUGAAGAUGGAACGUUCAAACUCACAAUAGAAUUUACAGAAGAAUAUCCCAACAAACCACCAACGGUUAGAUUUGUUAGUAAAAUGUUCCAUCCCAAUGUUUAUGCAGAUGGUGGUAUAUGUCUUGACAUUCUUCAAAACCGUUGGAGUCCUACGUAUGAUGUGUCCGCAAUUUUAACUUCUAUACAGUCGCUGUUAAGUGACCCAAAUCCAAAUUCACCCGCUAAUUCGAUGGCGGCACAACUGUACAAAGAGAAUCGGCGCGAGUACGAGAAACGAGUGAAGGCUUGCGUGGAGCAGAGUUUUGUGGAUUAGUUGGAGGCAAGAAUACGCCGCUGUCGCAGUAGCAACUUAAGGUUAUGUCAGUAUACCGUAUCCUUACUGGCAGCUGACACAAACUACAACAUGCUGCAACAGUGUCUACAAGGUGUACCAAGGAUAAGAAGAGAGUUCAUGUGCCACUCUUUAAAUUGGAGCUAAUGCCGUGUGCUUUAGUUUUACAAAUGUGUCAACUUCCCAAGACUUUAAUUCCAACACCAAUACUGUAUCUUAUCCUUUGUUCUUGCACACACCUUAAACAUAAAUAAUUACAUCAUUACUGUAGUCCAUGUUAAAAACUGAUUACAAAUUUUAUAGUUCUGUUUCAUUUUUAGUAUUUUUUCAUAUGCAUUGUUUUGAUAUAAGUAAAUAUGAAAAUGAACUUUUAAUCUACUUCCUAAAUUGAUGAAAUCAUAAAUUCAAGAUAACUAUUUGACAAGUUGGUUAUAAUGAUGCUGCAACAUCAAUUGAUUAACUUUCAAAUAAAUCAUACUGAUAUUUAUUUUUAAAAGUACAUCAAAUUUCUAAAAAAUUUCUUUGAUAGUUGUUCAUAUUAACAAUGUUUAAUUAUGGAAUUUAAUUAUAAUUCAAUUUGAUAUCUUGCAUCAUGAAGAUAACAUUCAAUAGCAAACAACCCUAAUAAAUUUAGAUAGAAUUUCAAAGGUGUUGUAGAAUAAAUUAAAAACUUAAUUUAUUUGUUGGAAUACCUUAGUGAUAUUAAAAAAAGAUGUGAAUGGUGAUAAGGGAUGAGCUUUACAUUGCAGGAUUCAAAAUUUUAGAAGUUUGAAUUGAAGCCAGUUUUUCUUUUUCAAUUCUGCUUUUUGUACAAGCUCUGAAUAAAAUUAUAACAAGAGACACAAGUGACGCUGAUGUAAAAAGAAGUGUAAAACUGUUAUUUUGAUUACAAUUGUCAUUUCAAUAAAAAAUAUUGCUAUAUCUAUUAGAAUUUUAAGUGAUGUACUUUCAUAGUACAGUUAAAUUAACUCACUUAUUUAUCAUAAUUUAAAUUACAUACGUAAAAGCAUAAAAUAAAUGCAUAAUUUGACUUUGUA